CUCACAGGGCAGCUUUGCUUUUAAAGAGACAGUGUGCUCUCUCUGUCCCCUCCUGUAGAGCUGUAGUAGAUCUGUGCUCCUGUCGAGUUGUAGAGCUGUGUUGUCUUUGUGGACAUGUUCCUGAGCAUCGCUCUGAUCUGGGCUGUGGUGGUGGGCCUCUGCUGCCUGCUGUGGCUCGCUGUGGGCAUCCGGCACAGACAGCCGGGUGAGCCUGCGGUGGAGAAUGGUUUGAUUCCGUACCUGGGCUGUGCUCUUCAGUUUGGGGCGAACCCUCUGGCGUUCCUGAGGAGCAGACAGAGGAAGCACGGACACAUCUUCACCUGUAAGAUCGCCGGACAGUACAUCCACUUCCUGUGUGACCCCUUCUCCUACCACUCGGUCAUCCGCCAGGGGCGCCACCUGGACUGGAGGAAGUUCCACUUUGCCACGUCUGUCAAGGCAUUUGGACACGACAGCUUCGACCCUCGGCAUGGCCACACCACAGAGAACCUGCACCAGACCUUCCUGAAGACCCUCCAAGGAGAAGCUCUGCCCCACCUCAUCCAGACCAUGAUGGGCCACCUCCAGGACGUCAUGCUGCGCUCUGACACCCUGCACCCCAGCACCCAUAGCUGGGAGGUGGACGGCAUCUUCGCCUUCUGCUACAAGGUGAUGUUCGAGGCCGGGUACCUGACGCUCUUCGGGAAGGAGCUGGGUGAAGACAAGUGUCAGGCGAGGCAGGCCGCUCAGAAAUCCCUGGUUCUCAACGCGCUCGAGAACUUCAAGGAGUUCGACAAGAUCUUCCCCGCUCUGGUGGCCGGGCUGCCCAUCCACGUGUUCAAGAGCGCCUACAGUGCCCGAGAGAACCUGGCGAAGACGAUGCGGCCGGAGAAGCUGUGCAAACGCGAGAACGUGUCUGACCUCAUCUCUAUGCGCAUGCUCCUCAACGACUCCCUGUCCACUUUCAACGAUAUCAGCAAAUCACGCACCCACGUCGCUCUGCUGUGGGCGUCCCAGGCCAACACGCUGCCCGCCACCUUCUGGAGCCUCUUCUACAUGAUCAGGAGCCCUGAGGCCUUGAAAGCCGCGAAGGAGGAGGUGAAGAGAGUUUUGGAUGCAGCCGGUUUGACCCCUGACCCCAAUAACCCCACCCUCACUCUGGACCGCGACCAGCUCGACAAUAUGCCAGUCCUGGACAGCAUUAUGAAAGAAGCCAUGCGUCUGUCCAGCGCUUCCCUCAACAUCCGUGUCGCUAAGGAGGACUUCCAGCUCCACCUUGACAACCAGGAGUCUUACCGUAUAAGGAAGGACGAUGUCAUCGCCCUGUACCCGCCCAUGCUGCACUACGACCCCGAGAUCUACGAGGACCCUUAUGAGUACAAGUAUGACCGCUUCCUGGACGAGAACGGUCAGGAGAAGACGGUGUUCUUCCGUAACGGCCGCCGCCUCAGAUACUUCUACAUGCCGUUCGGGUCGGGCGUCACCAAAUGCCCCGGGCGCUUCUUCGCCGUCUACGAGAUCAAACAGUUCCUCACCCUUGUACUGUCCUACUUCGACAUGGAGCUACUAGAUCCCGCCAGCAAAGCUCCGCCCCUCGACCAAUCCCGCGCCGGCCUGGGCAUCCUCCAGCCCACCUACGAUGUGGACUUCAGAUACAAGCUACGGUCCGCGAGCUAAACAGGACAUGACUAUGGACACUAAAGAGGACGCUAAGAGUGGACACUGCACUGUAAAAAUGGAUCUCUGUGUUAGUUGUUAUUUUGUUUUACAUGUUUAUUUUGUAGUUUUGACAAUAGUUUUUAAUGAAUUAACUUAUUUAAGCACAUUUUCCAAAGUCUGUGAAUCAUGGUCCUAUGUAGGUGUUUCAUUUCCAACAGUUUGUGACUGUAGGAGAGUUUUUAACGGCACAGAUCUGUUGUAAUUUCAACUGAAUUCUUUUUCACGCCAGAUAGUGUUAAAAAAAAACUUAGAUUAACAGAUUAAAGUCUACGUUGAGUAACAGAGCUUCAGACAGAGCAGCACAUCCAGUCAGCAUCACACCCCCAGUAAAUGUUAGCCUGAUUCAUCAGCCGGUUUCACUUUGUGGAAACCAUCUGACCUCGCAGCAUUAGGAUUUGUUCGCUCAACCGUAGGCCGGUACUUUUUUUAUUUAACCAAUCGCCACUAUUUGAUCGUGACUUAUGUAAUGCACCGCUUACGGGAAUAACUGGUAUAUUAAGCUUUUCCCAAAUCCCGUAGGAAGAAGGGCAAUAACAUCUUUCCCCUUGAUAAAAUUCACCAAACAUUCUCUUUGUUCCGGCUUUAAAUCUUCGAUCUCAGGAAUGGUUGCCAACACAGAAUGGAUGGCUCUUCUCUGAUUGGCCGGUGCCUGAACUCGCACUUCUGGGGUUCUUGCAAACUGUCUAGUGUAUUUCGAUUCCUGACCUAAUCGAUGGAGAGAAAAGAAAUUGAGUAGAGGCACUAGGUGUCAGUAGGUGUAAGGAUGACAUCAGCUGUAAAGUAUCAAUACUUUGAUAACCAAUGCCAGCCAAUGCAAACUAGUGCAGAGACAAAGUCAACAUAGAGUUAAAAUUAUAAAUUGUAUACUAAUUAUUUAAUAAUGCAAUACUAUUAUCAGUGGGGAUGCACUGAUACAAUACUGUUAUCGGAUAUCGGUAAAAAUUUGGGUGAAUUGGAUAUCAGUUCCAAGAAAAUAUUUUAGUCGAUAUCCCAUUUUGCUCUACAGACUGGUGCAGUAAGGCAAUUUAGUGGAAAGUAUUAAGGAAAUAAAUAAUAUUUUCAGUCUCUGCUUUAGUCUCGGUUUGGUAUUGGGAAUCUGCAGAUACUUAAAACCAAAGUAUCAAUGUUGUUAAUGUAAUAAUGUAGACCAGACAACUGAAUAGAGCCCCAAGACGACAUUCAACUUCACUGACUAACUGUGUGAAUUUUCAUUUAAAAUGUUGCUUAAGGCCCCAGUGUUUUUGAUCUAUUUAAAUUUUCAAGCAAAAUCUUCUGUCUGUGAACAAAGAAAGGUGCAGUGAAUACAAAUAGUAGCUUAUUUACAUUGUCAAAAGUUUUUAGUUUUUUUUUGCAGUGUAGAGUGACUGAAUAUGUAAAUAGUGUUUAUAUGUACAUAAGAAUUGUAUGUUUUGCAUGUGCAUUAAUUUUCUAUGAAGGCAAUAAUAAGCUUUUUGUAUCAGACUAGAGACUUUUAUUUUGUUUUGUUUAGCUGUGAAAACAUUCAACAUUUCAAGCAAUAAACAACAAGUGAUACUACAAAGAAUGCACUUUGUUGUUGUGUUGUAUAUUUACUAUUUUGGUCACGUGACGGAGGGUUGUGGGUUUGAUUCCCCGAUCAACAAUCACAUCAUUUGGCCUAGUUUCCCCUAGUUUGAUGAUUUUGGAGGAUGUUUUUACCUUCCUGAUUGGACAGGGGCAGCAGAUAUAGUAGUAUAUGAGGAUGUAACUCUAUAACCUGCAACAAGUUUGUCUAAUUUACAUAACAGUAAAGUACAGCAUCUUCUUAA